UUAAAAUAAUUUAAUAUAAGAUGAUAUGUUGCAUAGACAUCUUUAUAAUUCUUAUAUUCUUUUUUUUUAACAUUCAUAAACAAACGACUUUUCUUAUUCUCAUGCUAUCAAUUAGAAAAAACUCAAUAAUAGCGUUGAUAUAUUCCCUAAAAGUAGUCUAAUUUUAUUAGUACCUAGCCCUAAGUCUACAAGGAGUGCGCUCCUGUCAAUCGAAGUAGAAUCCUUGUCGAAUUAGAAUUUGAAGUGUCAAUGUCACAGUCAUCCCAAUUUGUUUAUUAUUCUAUUCAUAGUUCAUACAACUUUUUCAAAGGAAUUAAAAUAGUGCUUCUUUUCUCUUCAAUGGAACCCCUAACAAAUUUAUGGUUGUUGUUUAGUUCGUUCAUUGUUGUGUGCGAUUAAAUAUGGCUCCGGUGUUAAAACUUGGUCGAGGUAAGCCUUUGACUUCCCAAACUAAAGAAGUUUUGUAUCAUUUGUACAAAUAUUUCGAAAAUGAGUGUAAUAGCAACCCGAGCUGUAUUGUGACCCCCGCUCAAUUAGUUGCUAAAUCAACCGGAAUUUCAUUAACUUCCAUCAGAAAGGUGGUAUCUGAGAGUAAAUGUCAUUCUUCAGAACAGCAACUCACCUUUAAAUCGCCUAAAAAGAAACCUAAUCGGAAACCUACAAUUAUAAUAGAUAAUUCUGAUCAGCAAGUGAUCCGGAAUACAAUUCACAACUUUCACAUUAUGCAUAAAGAAAUUCCAAUUAUGAAAACACUACAUGCAAUAUUGAAAGAAAAGCUAAAUUAUAAAGGUUGUGUCACCACAUUACGAAAACACGUCAAGACAUUAGGAUUUAAAUGGAGGCGAACGGAAGGUAACCACAAACUUUUAAUGGAAAAGCACGAAAUUCGAUACUUGCGAAUUAAUUAUCUUUUAAAAAUUUCAGAGUUUCGUGCACAAAAUCGACCAAUUGUUUUUACAGACGAAACAUAUAUUAAUACCUCAUAUACCCUUCCAAAAUCUUGGUCAAAUGCAAGCACUUCUAGUUUCAAGCAGCAUUUAUCGAAGGGCAACUGCUUGAUCAUUGUUCAUGCCGGUGGUAUGGAUGGUUUUGUGCCGAAUGCUUUGUUUAUGUUUGUAACCAACCAAAAAAAUGGUGAUUAUCAUGAAAGUAUGAAUUAUAAUAAUUUUUCAAAGUGGAUCAUAACACAAUUAAUUCCCAACCUAAAACCGAAUAGCGUUGUUGUUGUUGACAAUGCACCAUAUCAUAAUUCUAUUCAAAAUCAUGCACCUAGUCCUUAUUCUAGAAAAGAGGAAAUGAUUGAUUGGCUGAAAUUUCGAAAUAUUGAACAUUCACCAAACAUGCUUAAGCCUCAGUUAUAUGAACUGAUAUUGCAAAAUACAGAGAGAUUAUAUAAGGUAGAUGAAAUAUUACAACAGCACGGUCAUACUGUGCUCCGUUUACCACCAUAUCACCCCGAAUUGAAUCCUAUGGAAAAUAUAUGGGCAUUAGUGAAGACUUACAUAGCAGAUAAAAAUGCCAUGAAUAUUAAUGCUUUGAUGACAUUAGCUGAGGAAAAAUUGAAUGCCAUAACUGUAGAGGAAUGGAGAAAUUUUUGUCUAUAUGCUAUUGAAGAGGAAAAGAAAUUUCAGGGUAGAGAAGAGGCUUUAGAUACAAUAUCAGAAAGAAUUGUCAUUGACAUUAAUGAUUUAUCGGAUGAAAGUGAGGAUGAAGAUGAAAUGUCUGAAGUUGAACACUGUUGAACACUGCUCUGGGUUAUAAUUGUUAAAAUAAGUGACAACAGUGCUUAUGCUGCAUAAAUCAAUGGAAGAAUCGGGUUGACUGUCAGACUUCAACAGAUGCACAACCUAAAAUUGGCUACAUAAAUCCAUUUACAUCAUGGAGUAUACUAUUAUGACCAACCAAUCAUCUAUUAAAGAUAUGGGGAAGCGGAUGUGAAAUUGGCUCUCUAAGCAAAGAAUGUCUUUCUUCUCAAGAGCAUAAUGCCAGAAGAAUUUGUGAAUAAAAAGACUGACCACAAAAGUGACGAAAGUUGGGUGAACAAUGUUUCUUCUUUCUAAGUAGAAUUUCAGUAGAACAUUAUACAUUCCGAACCGGUGCAAUUCUGCAAAAUUACCAUUCAAAUAAAAUUUGAUGUGAUAGAAAUUAAUGAUUAAAAGUCAGUUUAAUAUGUAUAAACAUAUAAUAAAUAAAAUAUAGAAAAAAAUGUUUAUUUUCUUUCUGCUGACCAUGCACUACCAACGCAAAAAAGUCUCCAAGCUGAUUUGGCUUUAGUAGCCUAUAAUAAUCAUUUGUUGGCAUAAUCGUGGCCAUUAUUGUCAAGAUGCCUUUUUUUUGCCUCGGCAUUAAAAAUAAAUGUUUACGUUAAGCUCUUUAAGCUGCUUAACAGCCUGACACCCUAUGGUCUUGAUAUUUAUAGGCCUUGGAUCACUAAUACAGACCUGGAUGCCACCUCAUUGAACUUUUGAGUGCGUUUUCUAUAGUUCUAUAUUGCGCAGUGGCGCAUGGAAUUAGUCAAGUAGUCUUCAUAAAUAUUGCUUACAGG